AUGGAUAAUAAUAAUAAUAAUAAUAGUGAAAAUAGUGACAAUAAUAGCUAUAAUAUCGUUUAUAAUAAUAGUGAUAUUAGUGGUUUUGUAAAUAAUGACGAUCUUCCCAUACCAACGAUAAAUGAUGAGCUUUAUAAUUUACCAAUUUCACCAAAUGAAUCAUAUUCUCCUGAGGAAUCAUUUGAAUUAGUACACAAUAAUAAUAAUAAUAAUAAAAAUAAUAACAAUAACAAUAUUAUAACACCAAUUUCACCAAUAUCUACAAACAACUCAUCAACCAAUAUUUCACCAAGAAAACCAGAAAAUAAUCCAGCAGUACCAUCCAACGAUAGAAAAAUCAAUUCAAUCACUGGUGUAGCAACUCCAGCCAUUUCCAUUGUAUUCGGACAGGUUAUGAAUGUCUUUACCUAUCAGGAGCUGAGCAAACCGGAUUUCGAUAUCUACAAAGAGAUUUCCAAGGUCACUCUGAAUUUCGUUUGGAUCGCUAUUGGAAUGUUUGUCGCUUGCUAUAUCGAAGUUUCUUGCUGGUCGAUAGCUGGUGAGCGUCAAUCGGUUCGCUGUCGUAAACGCUACCUGAAAGCAAUUCUCAGUCAGGAGAUAGGAUGGUACGAUGUCACUAAAUCCAGUGAGUUGUCGACACGUAUCGCUUCGGAUACUCAGUUGUUCCAAGAGGCAAUCGGUGAGAAAGUUGGAAAUUUCCUACAUUUCUCUUCGACUUUUGUAUCGGGAUUCAUCAUUGGUUUAGUGAAUGGCUGGCAACUGGCUUUGGUUAUCAUAUCGAUUACACCUCUGAUUGCUGCAGCCGGUGCUUUCAUGACAAAGAUGAUGACUGAACUAACGAAACGUGGUCAGGAUGCCUAUGCCAAAGCGGGAAGUGUAGCCGAGGAGAAGAUCGGAUCAAUUAGGACGGUUGCUACUUUCUCUGGUGAGGAGCGAGAGACAACACUCUAUGCAUCGAACCUAAGUGAUGCUCUAAAGAUUGGUCGUCAAAAAGGUCUAAUGAAUGGAUUGGGUAUUGGUUUGGUAUUCUUUGUCAUGUUUGGAUCCUAUAGUUUAGCUUUUUGGUACGGUGCUAAAUUGAUCACUGACAAAUAUUAUAAUCCAGUUUCACAUCGUGAUUGGCAAGGUUCAGAUGUUUUAACUGUAUUCUUUUCUGUUAUAAUGGGAGCAAUGGCAUUAGGACAAGCAACACCAAAUCUUGCAAAUUUUGCUAAUGGAAGAGGUGCUGCCUAUAAAAUAUUCCAAGUGAUCGAUAAUCAUUCAAAGAUUGAUCCAUUUUCAAAGGAUGGAAUUGAACAUUCGGCAGAGGGUGAUAUUGAAUUUAGAAAUGUAUCGUUUGCCUAUCCUUCCAGACCUGAAGUACGUAUUUUCAAUGGAUUUAGUUUGUCUAUAAAGAAGGGUCAGACUGUUGCGUUGGUUGGUGAUUCUGGAGGUGGUAAAUCAUCGGUAAUCUCAUUGUUGGAACGUUUCUAUGAUCCAUUGGAUGGUGAAAUCUUGAUGGAUGCUAUCAAUAUCAAAGAUAUCAAUGUUAGAUGUCUUAGACAAAACAUUGGAUUAGUAUCACAAGAGCCGACAUUGUUUGGUGUUUCCAUUGCCGACAACAUUAGAUAUGGCUGUGAAAAUGCUUCGAUGGAGCAGAUUAUUGAAGCAGCUCAAACUGCCAAUGCUCAUGAUUUCAUAUCGGCGUUACCCGAUGGAUAUAAUACACAGGUCGGUGAAAAGGGUGUACAAAUGUCAGGUGGUCAGAAACAAAGAAUUGCCAUCGCAAGAGCACUAAUAAAGAAUCCAAAGAUUCUAUUGUUGGAUGAAGCUACCAGUGCGUUGGAUGCAGAGAAUGAACACUUGGUUCAACAAGCCAUCGAUAAGCUGAUGCAAGGAAGAACGACGAUUGUGAUUGCUCACCGUCUCACCACUGUUCAACAUGCAGAUGUUAUUGCUGUAGUUCGAGGUGGUACCAUUAUUGAACAAGGAACACAUCAAGAGUUGCUCUCAAUGAAUGGCGUCUACACAUCGUUGGUUCAUCGUCAACAGAAUGGAGAAGCUGAGGAUCGUCGUCGUUUGAAAUCAAGAUUCAAAAAGAAAUUAUCAAAUGGCAGACCACUGUCCAUUACUGAUACCGCUUCGAUAUCUUCAUCGAUUUCCGAUAGUGAUAAUGAUUCCUCGAGUAACGAUGAAUCGGCUACUGAGAACAACGACGAAAAGAAGGAAAAGAGAAAGAAGAAAAAGUUGGAAAAGAAAAAGAAAAAGACAAAGGAAAAGUCGGUGCCAAUGACAAGAAUAUUCAAGAUGAGUCAAGAGGAGUGGCCAUUCUUUUUAUUGGGUGUACUGGGUGCAAUGGUGAAUGGUGCAAUUAUGCCAGUGUUUUCUAUUAUUUUCUCAGAGAUUCUCAAGGUUUUCAAUUCCACCAGUAUGUAUCACGAUGCUAUUCGUCUGUGUCUUUGGUUCUUGUUGUUGGCGUCGUGUGCGGGUGUCGCCAAUUUCGUACAGAUCUCAUCGUUUACCUAUAUCGGUGAGGUUCUUACCUACCAUCUACGUUAUUUCUCAUUUCGUUCGAUUAUCCGACAGGACAUUGGUUGGUUUGAUAUGCCAGAGAAUGCAACCGGUAUUCUUACUGCCAACUUGGCAACCGAUGCCACUCUAGUACAGGGAAUGUCGAGUCAACGUCUUGGAUUGGUCAUUCAAAACCUGGUGACAAUUGUCGUUGGUUUGGUGAUUGCUUUCAUCUCUGGUUGGAAGCUGACACUUGUUGUUUUGGCAACGGUUCCAAUCAUUGCAUUCGCAGGCAAAGUUGAAAUGGAAUUUAUGUCGGGUUUCUCCAAAGAGGGAAAAGAAGCAUAUGCCAAAUCAGGACAGAUUGCAACAGAGGCAAUCGGUGGUAUUCGUACGGUGGCAUCAUUCAAUGCCGAGAAAAAGGUUUACGAUAAAUUCAAAUUUGCACUCUCUGAACCGAUAAAGAUUGCCAAAAAGAAGGCAAUCACUGCUGGUUUGAUAUUUGGAUUCACUCAAUCCACCAUGUUUUUAAUAUGGGCACUCGGUUAUUGGUACGGUGGAAAACUGGUUGGCGAAGGCGAGUGGAAAGCACCCAGCUCUGAUAUCGUAGAUAUUUGUGUUCCACCAAACUAUACCUAUGGAGUUAGUAGAGGUCGUUGUAUUUACAUUCAGAAUAGUAUCUAUGGAUUUGGACAGAUGCAGCGUGUAUUCUUUGCCAUUGUAAUGUCUGCCAUGAGUAUGGGAAAUGCAAGUGCAUUCGCACCGGAUAUGGCCAAGGCAAAGACGGCAACCAAUGCCAUUUUCAAAUUGAUUGACAAAGUCAGUAAGAUCGAUCCCUUUAAAAAGACUGGUCAUACUCUUGAGGAUAUCAAAGGUGACAUUGAAUUCCGAGGUAUUCAAUUCUCAUAUCCUUCACGUCCAAACAAGUUGAUUUUCAACGACUUUUCACUCAGUAUCCCAGCCGGCAAGAAAGUGGCGCUGGUAGGUGAUUCCGGAGGUGGUAAAUCAUCGGUAAUCUCAUUGCUCGAGCGAUUCUACGAUCCGGCAGUAGGCGAAAUUCUACUGGAUGGUGUGCCAAUCAAAGACAUGAAUCUCUCUUGGUUGCGAAGUAAUUUGGGUUUGGUCGGUCAAGAACCAUUUUUAUUUUCAGGAACCAUCAAAGACAAUAUUAAAUAUGGUAAGCCGGAUGCAACUCUGGAUGAAGUGAUCGAAGCAGCUAAAGCAGCCAACGCUCAUACCUUUAUCGAGGAACUACCGAAUGGGUACGAUACACCGCUCGGUGAUAAAUAUACUCAAUUAUCGGGUGGACAGAAACAGAGAGUUGCCAUUGCAAGAGCGAUCAUCCGUAAUCCAAAGAUAUUGCUACUGGACGAAGCAACUAGCGCACUCGAUUCCAAAUCAGAGACAAUCGUACAGGAGGCCUUGGAUAAUGUAAUGAAAGGUAGAACUUCAAUCGUAAUAGCACAUCGUCUUACUACAAUCAUCGAUUCCGAUAUCAUAGCAGUUGUUAAAGGUGGUCGUGUAGUUGAAAUUGGUACUCAUGAUCAAUUAUUGGAAUUGAAUGGUGUUUAUACAAAUUUAAUUGCAAGACAAUUAUAA